GUCCGUGCUUUUCCACCCCUCGCCCUCUCCGCACCCGAGUCCAUUUCACGGACGAAGGGAGGGAGCGAGAGAGAGCCAAGCGAUUGGUUCGGAUCUCGGACGAUCGAAGAGACGAGGCGAUGGAGGCGUCCGUACCGGAACCGAGGAGGCGUCGGAUGGGGAGGCGCAACGCCGAGUCGCCGGCUCCAGCGGAGGGGAAGCGGCCCGGAGCCCGUGGCCGCCCCUCUCUCGUGCGGUACGACGAGCUGCCGGAUUACCUCAAGGACAACGAGUUCAUCCUGGACCACUACCGCUCCGAGUGGCCGAUCCGCGAUGCCCUCCUCAGCGCCUUCGCCUGGCACAACGAGACGCUCAACGUGUGGACGCAUUUGGGCGGCUUCCUCCUCUUCCUCGCCAUAACGGUGGCGGGGUCGAUGGAGGCGAUCGAGGAGGUCACCAGCGCGGUAGUUCCGGGGCUCCCCGCUUGGAUGGUUCGAUCGUGGAACGCGUCGGGGAAUAUUCUGUCAGAAUCUUCCGCGACGCUAUCAUCAUGGAACAGAUCAACCUCCUCCGGUGACGUCGUGGUGCCGAGAUGGCCGACGCUUGUCUUCUUGCUCGGCUCCAUGGGCUGCCUCUCCAUCAGCGCCGUCUCCCACCUCCUCGCCUGCCACUCUCGCCGCCUCAACCUCUUCUUCUGGCGGCUCGACUACGCCGGCAUCUCGCUCAUGAUCGUCACCUCCUUCGUCCCGCCCAUCUACUACGUCUUCCUCUGCCACCCCGCCGCCCGCAUCGCCUACCUCUCCAUCAUCGCCACCCUCGGCUUCCUCGCCAUCUUCACGUUGCUCGCCCCCGCCCUCUGCGCCCCCCGCUUCCGCGCCUUCCGCGCCGCCCUAUUCCUCGCCAUGGGCUUCUCGGGGGUCGUACCCGCCGUGCACGCCUUGUGGCUGCACUGGGAGCAUCGGGAGGCCCACGUCGUGCUGGGGCUGGAGCUAGCCAUGGCCAUCGCCUACGCCUCGGGGGCUGGCGUGUACGUGAGCAGGAUUCCCGAGAGGUGGUGGCCGGGGGAGUUCGAUCUCGUCGGACACAGCCAUCAGAUCUUCCACGUUCUGGUGCUCGUCGGGGCGAUCACUCACUAUGCCGCCACCACGGUGCUGCUCGACUGGCGGGACCGGUCGAUGACCUCCUGCAGCGCCUUCUAUGCUGAAAGCGUUGCCUCGUGAUUUGCGUGAUCCAUCGAAACGCUGUUUCGAUGAUGGGUGAUCGGCGGUACCUUGUCAGAGUUGUGGCUGUCGUGAUCUAAUUCGUUGACAGCUGUACUUGCCUGAUGCACUCUCACGCUUUCGGACGUGCUAAUAAUUUACCUUUCAUGCUGUUAGUUGUGGUUCGGAAUGUAUUUGAAUUUUUAAUAUGUAUUUAAAGAAAAUAAUUUGAAUGAA